GCUGCAUUGUCUCGAGCGACUUAAAGCGGUUGCCCCACAGCCGGAGCUGGAGAAACAAUGGCAAUAAUAGCUGACAGUAAAUCCAUUUAAUCCGACCAACUGAAUGCUUCGCCAGCGCGCAAAGGGCAUGCAAAGGAGAGGACCCACAGCUCUUGGAGAGUGCAUCACCUGCAGAGCGAAUCUAAUCGCUUAAUGAAUUUAUUUACCCCAGCCUCCAGUGGCUCAACCAGCCACACCCAGUCAAUUCUGGCUCAGUGGCAAACCACUUGAGUCUAUUCCAGCCCCGGGCAUCGCCAGCAUGAAUAUCCUUCAGUCUGUGUGGCUCAACAUUUUAGUCCUGGUGGCGAUGAGUUUGUCAUGUGAUUUAAUCAAAGUUUGCUCCAGUCAAAUCUCGCCCGUAAUCGUCACCAGCUGUGAGCCAAGUGGGCGAGUGGGCGUGGCGCUGACUGUGCAUUUUGAUGGCCCGCUGUUGACAAGGACUCUGGAGUCAUCUCCGGCCGCUGGCUCCUGGCUGCAGAAUAUUUGCGUGUUGCUGCAGGUGUUUCCAACGUCCGUUGACUUUCUACUCGGAGCAUUUCAGAUUCUGAAAAAGGUUCAUAUCUAA